AUGGAUAAGUCGUGGAUUUGGCUUCCAAGGAAUAGCCACGAGUAUUCAGAAGGAGCAACUAAUUUUGUGAAUUCGUCCGCAAAAAGAUUGGGAAGUCUGUCUGAAAUGCUAUGCCCUUGUAGAGACUGCCGCAAUCUGAGCCAUCAGUCACUGGAUAAAAUUGUGGAGCAUUUGGUGAUUAGGGGUAUGGAUAAGAAGUAUAAGAGUUCUCGUUGGAGUAUUCAUGGAGAAAAAAGAGAUUCUGCAGAAGACAGUGUUCUUCAAUAUGAAACAGAGGCGUUUGAUUUGUUUAAGACAACAUUCUCCAUGGACGAAGGUGGUCCAAACCCGACAACUGACAACGAAGACGAUGAAGCACCAGAGGAAAUUGAGUUUAAGAAAAAGCUCAGAGACGCUCAAACGCCAUUAUACUCGGAUUGUCUCAAGCACACAAAGGUUUCAGCUAUCAUGGGACUUUACAGAUUCAAGGUUAAAAGUGGUGUGUCGGAGAACUACUUUGAUCAGCUGUUGGUUUUACUUGAGGAUUUGCUACCUGAAGACAAUGUUCUUCCCAAGAGUUUAGCUGCAAUCAAGAAAUUUCUGAAGAUCUUUGGGUUCGGCUACGACAGUAUUCAUGCUUGCAAGAAUGAUUGCAUAUUGUAUAGGAAGGAGUAUGAGAACCUAGAAAGCUGUCCAAGAUGCAAAGUUUCAAGAUGGGAAAUGGAUAAGCACAGUAAUGAGUUAAAGGUGGGGAUUCCGGCAAAGGUCCUUAGAUAUUUUCCAAUCAAGGACAGGUUUAGGAGGAUGUUUAGAUCACAAAGGAUGGCUGAAGAUCUGCGUUGGCACUAUACCAAUGCCACUGAAGAUGGUACAAUGCGGCACCCUGUUGAUUCUAUCUCUUGGGCACAAGUGAAUGCUAAAUGGCCAGACUUUGCUGCUGAUCCACGGAAUCUUCGACUUGGGAUUUCUACAGAUGGGAUGAACCCUUUCUCCAUGCAAAGCACCAAUCACAGCACAUGGCCAGUGUUGUUAGUGAACUAUAACACGCCUCCAACCAUGUGUAUGAAGGCUGAGAAUAUAAUGCUGACUUUGUUGAUCCCUGGUCCUACUGCUCCUGGUAACAACAUUGAUGUUUACCUAGCACCACUGAUAGACGAUCUAAAGGAUUUGUGGGCUGAGGGUAUUGAAGUGUAUGACUCAUUUGCGAAGGAGAACUUUAAUCUCAGAGCCUUGCUGCUUUGGAGUAUCAGUGACUAUCCAGCCUUAGGAACACUGUCUGGAUGUAAAGUAAAGGGGAAACAAGCCUGCAAUGUAUGUGGAAAGGAUACACCUGCAAGGUGGCUUAAGUUUAGCCGCAAGUUUGUCUACAUGAGUAACAGAAGGAGACUACCGCCUGGCCAUCGUUACAGAUAUAAAAAAGCUUGGUUUGACAACACUGUGGAGGAAGGGAAUGCUAAUAGGAUACAAACAGGCGCUGAGAUAUAUGAGACACUACAAGCUUUUACGAAUGAUUUUGGUAGACCUCUAGAGAAGAAAAAAAAAAGGAAAAGACUAGAGUUGGAAGAUGAUGAGAGGUUACAAGAAGAAGAGUGUGAAGAAUCAAAUGAACUAUGGCGGUGGAAGAAGAGAUCAAUAUUCUUUGAUCUACCUUACUGGAAGGAGUUGCCUGUUCGUCACAAUAUUGAUGUUAUGCACGUAGAAAAGAAUGUGUCCGAUGCUAUAUUGUCUCUGUUGAUGCAAAGUGCGAAGUCAAAAGAUGGGUUGAAAGCAAGAAAAGACUUAGAAGAUAUUGGAAUCAGAAAGCACUUGCACACAGAGGUGAGGGGAAAGAAAACAUACUUACCUCCUGCUGCCUACUGGUUAUCGAAGAGAGAGAAGACCAUUUUCUGCCAAAGGUUAGCUAAGUUUAGAGGCCCUGAUGGUUAUUGUGGUAAUAUUGCGAAUAGUGUUUCAGUUAACCCUCCAAAUAUUGGUAGUUUAAAGUCGCAUGAUCAUCAUGUCUUAGUACAGAACUUGUUACCAGCUGCAUUAAGAGGGUUGUUACAUAGGGGUCCUAGGAUAGCCAUAAAUAGAUUAUGCAGUUACUUCAACAGGUUGUGUCAGCGCAUCAUUGACCCAGAGAAACUUAUAUCCAUGGAGACAGAGUUUGUGGAGACAAUGUGUCAGCUGGAGCGCUUCUUCCCUCCAGCCCUUUUUGAUAUCAUGUUUCACCUUCCACUACAUUUAUCAAGAGAGGCACGGUUGGGAGGACCAGUUCACUUCCGAUGGAUGUAUCCCUUCGAAAGGUACAUGAAAACACUAAAGGCUUUUGUUAAGAAUUAUGCAAGGCCAGAAGCAUGUAUGGCUGAGGCGUAUUUAGCUGGAGAAUGUGUUGCAUUUUGUUUAGAGUUCCUUAAAGAAUCAGUACCAGUUCAAGAAGCAGUUAAUCGUAAUGAAGAUGUUGAGGCUGAUAGAAUGGUGGUUGAAGGCCGACCUCUGCAGAAGGGUAUAGAGGUUACCCUGUCAGAUAAAGAUAGAGACAUUGCACAUCGAUAUGUGCUAAUGAACAUGGCAUCUUUGGAUCCCUUUCUUGAGUAA